GGAGAGGAAGAAGGCGGUCGAGAGGCACGAUCCUGGCGUUCCAUCCGUAUAAGAUGGGCGGUCUGGAGGUCCUCGAUGGUGAAUUGGGAGGGGUCGAGAGAGGCAGUGUCGAAGUCGUCAUCGGAGGUGGGUUGAGUGGUGUUGUUAUGGAAAAAGAGGGGGCGGGAGGGAGCGGGCGCAGACUGGUGAUGGGGGUGGAGGAGUCGAUCAUGGGGAAGCAUGCAAGAGAGGAGGUCAGCAAGGGGCAUGUCGGGUUCGUGGGCGAGGGCGGUGGCAAGGUCUUUGUGGCAUACUCGUUUGAUGCGGGAGAUGAACGCGCAGUCGGGAAUGACGGUGUGGGGGAGGUGGUGUCGGAGGGAGCGGACGUAUUGGACAAAGCGGUCUGUGGGACCGGUCUGGCGGAGGUGGCAAAAUUGUUCAAGGUAGUCGUCAAUGGUUUUCUGGGGGUGGAAGGUGGCCCAUUAGAGGAAGGUGUAGCGCACCUUCUGCACAAGUUUACCGGGAAACAGCAGACGACAGGGCGAAGAGGCUCUGAAAUUGCAUUUGCAGCUGCAACAUGGUUAAGGAGCAUCCUUGGGGUGCGUAUUGACGACUUGACUAUACCAGCGAGGGAAUUACCAUCUGCCAGAAUGGACGAUAUCACAGGUGAAUUACGGACACAAGUGCAAAAGCGCCAUCAUCAGAGCACACAAGCAGUUGGAGUGCAGACAACAGAGUCCUUUGCAGGUCACGUGGAUCCAAGGCUGUCGCCAAUUCAAGACAACCCAAGAAACUGGGAGCAUAUGAAAAGUAUUGGAGAAAAGCGUGUUACAUUCGGCCUUCCUGUUUUGGUCUCACCUGGCGCCAAUACGACCACUGCUAUCAAGAGCCCAAACCAUGCUAUCAAGAGCCCAAACCAUCACUGCAAGCGGUACCCCUCUGCAGUAAAACCUAUAAGCUGAGGGGCAUUCUAGCCAGCUUAAUUGGCCUGCUGUUUGUACGAUUGCAUGACUGUGAACAAAAGUUUGCGCGAUGUGUGAGCUAUGUAGAGGAAUGGCUGAAACCAAUUGUCUAUGUGUGUGAGGAUGUGCACGAGCAUGGCACAGAGCCUUACUGUUGUCAUGAAAGUAUGCGUACAAUGGGAGGCUGGGCAGCAAAAGAGUGGCCUCUCUCCUUUGUGAGAUGAAGAGGACCGCUAGAGAUGUAUCCAUUUUGAGUCAUGAGCAAUGUUAUAUCCAUGUCUUCCAUGUUCAUUUUCUCAGAAUGUAUGCCUGCUUGUGUAUAUUAUUUGAGAGCAGAAGAGAGGUUUGGAUCCCGGAGGCAAUCUAAGCAGCUAUCUAGUAAUGGCAUUGAGGUGGGGAGCUAAGAGAAUGUUAGAGGCUUCAGAUAAUGUCUGUAUAUAAGUGGUGUGCGUGCAUGACGUGUGUGUACGCAGCCCUGCGUGUGUGUUGCAGACUGUCAGCACAGCAACCCCUUUUCCACCCAGAUGAGCAGAUCCAAAAUUGAAACAGCUUCACCUCUAUAGCAAACAACAUGGAGUGGUGUUGUUGAUUUUCACCACAACAGCCUCUGUUCCACCCAGGUGAGUAGAUCCAAAAUCAAAGCAGCUUUACCUC